ACAUAAUUAUUGUCCUAAUAUAUACUACCACAACAAAACACUAAGUAGCUAUGGCCUCACGCACUAAAAACCAAGCGCUUAACAGACUUCUUAUGACUAUCAGCGAUGAAAUACCACCAGAAAAGUUCGAGAAGCUGGUUCAACUAUACGAUGUGCAAGUUCCAGAUGUUGCUAAGCCCUAUGAUACCCUCAAGCACCUCCAAAAGCAAGGGGUGCUGGAUCUGAAUGAGCUGGUUAAAAACUUGACCACAAUAAAGUGUUUGGAUCAAAGUGAGAAGGUAGCUGAAUACAUCAGAGAGACUGACACAGCAUUGAUGACCCCCUCCCUUGAGAGCACUGAUGCAGCUCCCUUCUUUGCUGACCCGGUAUGCACGCCUAUUCCUGAGACAGGGGUAACUAAAGAGGAGGAGGGUCAAAACCGACGACCCAUCCAGGCAGUGGAGAGGAAAAUCUCAGAAAACGCUGCCAUUUUCUCACCACCACCCAGAAAGCUAUCAGAGGAUAGUGAACUAUUUCAGCUACAGAGAGGUAUGAGUGACCCAGGGAGAAAGAAAAGGAGACUGGAUGUCCCAGGAGGUGCUGAAGCUGUAGAAUACCCACAGAGUGACAGUCCAGACAAGUCUGAAGAUGAAGAUGAGGAGCUAGACAUGCCACCAGUUGCAGCUGGCAAUGAUUUAAGGUUCAUGAAAAGGGCAUUGGAGGUAGCACUCCAGAGUGAGGACCCACACACGAAGGUUGGGGCAGUCCUGGUGAGUCCAGAAAAUAAGAUCAUUGGGGAGGGGUACAACUUUCUACCUAGAGAAGGCUUGACUUGGAAUAGUAACAAAGAAGACAAAGAGGAAGACACAAAAUAUCCCUACGUGACCCAUGCUGCUGUAGUAGCUAUACAAGCUGCCUAUAAACAGAAGGAGUCUCCAGAAGGGGCCACCCUCUAUACAAACCUCCUCCCCUCUAGUAGGGACGGUGUGUCCAUUCUCACAGCAGGGGUAAAGGAACUGGUAUUCUUGGAUAUCAAGAGAGAGUGGCGUAAGAGAUACCACACUGGGGCCACCAAAAAGCUAUUUGAUGGGAUUGUUCAAUGCAGGCAAGUAUCAAUGCCAGAGUGACUAUCAGACAACUUGUGGAUCUCAACAAACAAACAAAAUCAUUCAUUUAUUGACUAGCUGCUAAUCGUACCAUAAUGCUGCUUACACAAUGCUGCUUACGUAUGUACAAUGCUGUUUCCAAUAACACAAUGUGUGGAUAAAUAACUUCCUGCUAA